AUGGCCUGCGCGUUGAUGGGUCUCGAAAAGGUAUGAAAAUAUUUGGGUUUUUGUAAACACAGCUUAUCAUACAAGUGAUACAACGUACUGGCCAUGGAAAUGUUCUAAUUAAAUCAUUUAAAUGGUAGAGAGUAGAUAUGGAUAAUGUUUGAUCAUUCUGGGCAUCUUAGCAUUUACAUGACAACUGUGUCAACCUUACACAUUUCAGGGUUGGUUAGGUCUGAAGGCAGACCUUCCAUGCAACUUUGUGAUUUGUCAUUGAAAAUGAGUGAGAUGCAGUUGUUUUAUUCCUAUUGGGGACAGGGGACUACAAACUCUCACCCAUCUGUCGAAGGCAGUCGAGAUACAGUUGUUUUACUCCUAUUAGGGACUACAAACUCACUACCACCUGGAGGCAGUCGACUGAUUGAGAGUGUGGGCUAUACACGGAGAUCCAGGUCAAUUAAACCUCGGUCUUGCUGUAUUGGCCUACCUAGGGGAGGGGGGGGGGCAGAAAAUUAUCAGCCCAGAAAGUGCAUUUUUCCAGCUAUAAUUUUGCUUAAAGACCAUGUAAAGUCCAUUCUGCACAUACGUUCUGCGCAGGCCUGCAUUCCAAUGGUUGAGACCCUACCAUUAAUGGAUUUAUGUUAUUAAUAUUUUGCACCUUUCGAACUUUCUUGAAUUGAAUCUCUAGUCUGUAUUCAUGCAUUUACAAGCAUAGUGAACCAGAAGAGUGUUAAAAAUUUAAUAUAAUAUAUAUCUAAUCAUAUUUUACAUCUAUAAUCAUAUUUUCUAUAUUGCCUAAUGAUAGGCAGAUAUAUUUCUGUCAAGUGUCAAGCAUUAGGCCAAAUAAAAAAAAUACUUGGUUAGCGUCACACUCUCACAAAUUUCCAGAUGUGUGAGGGCAUUUUUUUUUUAUUUUUACUCGUUUUUAAUUUUUUAAUAGUAUUUUUUGGGGGGAUAGGGGCGGUUUUUCCACCAUAUUGUUGAAUUUUUUUGUACUGAUGUUGUGAAGACCACCAUUUUGCUAUAAGCACCUUGGACGCUUAUUUCCAGGCUUGUGUUCAAGCAUCACAGUUUAUGAUAUCGUCCCUCAAGCUAUAUAACUGAUAUCACCUCUCAGUCACCCAGGCCACCCAAGUUGUCGCUUGACAGUGCCACUGCUACUACCGGUACUCUUCACUCUGGUCAUAUUCAGCAAGUGUCCUCCCAGUACAGCAGGCCCAUUUAUCAAUGAAAAAUUGAAAGCUUUGCGUUUUACACAGAGCUGCCAGUCUUCAGUAAAAUGGUUGCUGAUAAAUGCAAACACAUACAAGUGGGAGAAAAUUCACUAAAUUUCACCAGCUUGUCUUACUAACUAUACAUCCAUGAAAUACAUUGGGAAGGUUAAAGGCACAGUUCAGCCUUUUGGAUGACGUUUUUCAAUGCGAUUACAACCCUUUUGAAUGAAAAAACUAACUAGGAAAAUCAAUUAAGCGUAAUUCAAAAUCAGUGAACUCAAUGUUUUUAUAACAUUGAAAUGUUAAAAAAUGUUGAAAACAUUGAAAUCACUGAUCUUGAAUUAUGCUUAAUUGUUUUCCUAGUUAGCUUUUUAAUUAAUUUAAGAAGGUUGUAAAUAAAUGCGCCUUAAAAACCACCAUUCAAAUGGCUGAACUGUGCCUUUAAAUAAAACUAUAAUUUGCAUCACUGACCCUAUAUACAGCAUUAAACUGUUGAGUAUACUGGCCCAUGUGUGAAUUUAAUUAUUGAAAGGGAUUUGUACUGUAGAUGAAAAUUUCGAGUGUAAUUUUUAUACAUUUAUUAGGCCUAACCAAGAACAGUUGCGAAGAAUGCGGCCCUGCGAUUCCUGUGCAGCGCUCUAACCAACUGAGCUACAGAAAGACAGUUACAGCUAGGGGUGGAAAAAGUAUCGGACCAUGGGACCAUUGGUCCCAGAAAUUUUUUUAAGUUCCCAGAAAAUAUUUCCCCAAGAAAGAAAAAAUUGUAAUAAUUCAGAUAAAAGGAGAAAUUCAGAGGAAAAUUAACACCAUGACCUCAGAAAUGCAAUUAUAAGUGUGUAAGUGUAUUAGACUAUAGAAUGAUGUAACAAUUGUUGAAUGGCAAAUGCAUUUUUAGCCAAUCUGGGACACCUGAUUUCAAAAUUUUCUGGGAGACCAUGGAUCCACCUGAUAGUGCCCCCCUCCCCCUCCUCUAGUAGUGCUCUUUUUUGCAUCUGUAUUUACCUUAGGAUCAGACACUUGAUGCAUGUUAUCUAUAUUAGUUUUAUGUUAUAUUUUAAGAUUCUCAGUGCGGCACUGAAAUAUUUUUUUUCUGUAAAAUAUACAUGUAGCAUGACAUCCAGUUUGACAACUUAUUAUGUGUCACACAGUUACAUUGGCCGAGUGUCGAUUUUCUUGAUCAUUCGCAGAAAAUUUUUCAAUGAACCUUUUGCGGUCCCAGAAAGUAAAAUAUUUUUUCCACCCCUGGACAGUUGUCGAGCUCUAACCGCAAGUUCAUGUAUAUAACCAAGUUUAUGCAAAUGUACGAUUUAUGGGUAAAUCUCAGGAUAUUGGUCAUUGCACUCUAAAUAACAAAUUGUUGAAGGGAUUUGUAUAUGGAAAUUUUAAGUGGGAUUUUUUUGACAUUUAUUAGUUAGACCUAACCAGGAGUAGUUUCGAAAAAUGCAACUCAGGGAUGGAUUUACUGGGGGGUGCGGGGUGUGUGCACCCCCCCUAGCCCUGGCCAGAGGGGGUGCAGGGGGGGGGGUGCUAUUUUUCAUGAUAAAGCAAAAUAUUAUUAGAGACAAAAUGAGAUACAGUAAUUUGAGUAAUAACAUGAUGAUAAGCAAAGUGUGAACAACAAUUACAAUUCAAAUACUGUAGUCAAGCAAGACUUUGCAGUAGUGAAACAAGUUGAUGGGCGGGCAGCACACAUGACUGACACAACUCGGCACCAGAGCUGGCAGAGCACCCCCCCCCCCUCCACCAGAUCAUGCUGGGUCCAUCCCUGCUGCAACUUGCAACAAAAUCUGAUUUCAAUGCAUGUUAAGUAGAAAUGUCGACACAUGUUGCCUUGUGAUUUGUAAUUUAUGUGUAAACAUUUUCAAUCAACAUGCGUUGAAAUCAGAUUUUGUUGCAAGUUGCAGCAAUUUUGUUGUUCGUGUAAUUCCACCUUAAGCCUGGUUCACACUAGCAAUUUUGUCGGCGAUUUUGUGUUUCUGACGGAUGCGAAUGGUGAACUCGCACAUAAAGGUAUAGUCUAUAGAGUCACUUUUCAGAAGUAAAGAAUCCCGACUAAGUCUUUUGCAUGUCAUUCAUUUGAUCACAUUUGCCAGGAGGAGAAAACUACCCGAUAGAAUUGCUAGUGCUUUACUCUGUUGUAUCAAUUUCUAGGUUUCAGACCCAAGUCUUACAGCAACAUACGUCGAGCCUUAUAUGACCUUGGGCAUCACUGAUGAUGCAUUUGAAUCACAUGUAACCCAAGUAUUGACAGCAUACUCUGUCGACUCCCUUAAGAUGGGCCUACAGUCAUUAAGAAAGCGCAAUGAAAGUGUAAGAAGAAAUGGCUUUCUCCCCUCACAGGAUUUUUACAUACCAAUGUAUUGGUAUGAUAUAUUACAUACCAAUGUAACAAUUCUUAUGAGUUGCCAUCCAGCAGAAGAGAAACAUGAAAUAAGUUUUCUUGACCACGCUACAGAUGCGAUUACCCAUUUAGGAUAUUUUUCAACAUAUCCACGUAAGCCCCAUUUGCUAUGUAACCUAACACAAGAUGGAAACUAUGUUGUUUUGUUAGGACCUUUAAGCUAUACACGAUCUCUGCUCGCCUCAAACAGUCAAACGCCGGUGAUUGGUGUCUACCAAUUAGCGCCUCCUAUGCAACUGUUUGAAAAACGUUUCAAAGAUACACCUUUCAUCAAGUGUGAUCCAAUUGGCAUUGCCUUAAGUCCUGCGAGUAUUAUUGGAGGUCAAUAUCUGAUUGCUAUAGUUACCAUGGGAAUGGCGGUAAUUUUGUUGAACGUGGUCACGCUUGAACGUUCAACUGUUCAAUUGGAAUUCGUACUACCGCAAUCGUUUUGGCAGGCAAUUUGGGGAACUGACUGUGUUUCGUUUUCCCCCGAUGGUCGAUUUCUGAGCGUGAUGUGUUGUAUGGAAAAUGAGUUCAUGAACACGUGCUUAAUUAUGGAUGUGAGCACGCUUGAGCCCCUCUGCUGGAUGGCGGCAGAAGGAACUUUGUCCUGGCUGCGUUGGCUCUUCCCCAUGUUUUCAGCAUGCGGAACAAAAGUAGUUUUAUCCACAUUUUCUGGGUACGAAAACGAGUACGAUGAUACCAAAUACGAACUGAUGUUUUAUAAGAUUUCGAGAAUGCAGAGUUUAAAGUUUUCAUGUCGUGUUGUCAUCUUGGAACUUGUAAAACCUUCUUUACUGGAUCAGCUGCCUUUACCGCAAGAUUUGAUCACAUUUCUGGGCGGCGGCAGAACAGCACUUCAAAUCUCUGAGCCUGGAGAUACUGGAUCUUCUCAAC